CCCGAUAUUGCCAUCAAUCAAUCACUCGUGCGUUGAGAUUUGGACAUGAUGACCGCCGAGAUUAUGCGAGAGGUAGGUAUGACACACAUACCCACCGCAGAUCUAUCUAUCUACUCACGGAUGGAUGGAUGGAUGGCUCAUUGCAUGUGCAUCACAUCAUGCUGUGUGCUACGUGUGUGUGCAUUUGUAUGCAGCUGUGUGCUCUCUAUCACGGAAGCGGCGGUGACACCACCGACUCAGAUCCCUCAGCCCAGGAUAACCAAAUGGCACUCGCAGCCAUCGGUACGGCACACAUCCAUCCAUACACAACACGCACGCAAACACAGACCUGUCUGUCUGUCUGUCUUUUUGUGCGUGUGUGUAUGCGAUACACACGGGUGGAUGAGUGGAGUGCAGGCCGCCGUGUGGGUGUGGGUGUGUCACUGCCGUUUCGCGAGAGGGCCAUGGUCAUGGUUCUCGGGAACAUUUCGGCAGGCAAGUCGACGUUGAUCAACUGGCUGAUCGGCGAGCCCAUUCAGAAGACCGGCAUGGGCAUCGGUGUGUCAGUACAGACAGACACUCACCCGACCAUCCAUCCAGCACACUAAUUUGAUGUGUGUGGUCUGGUGUAUGUUCGUUCAGAAACGAGGCACUUCGCCAUUGUCACCAAGUAUGCACCGAAUGAAUGACCUCUUCUCUGUUUGUGUCGUGUACGUACGUAUCUGUGGAGAUGUGUGUGUUGCGUCGCAUGUGUGUGUGUCUGCAGGGGUGUGCGUACGUCGUCAGAGCUUGCCGGCGUGUCGACCGUCGAGCUGUUCCCCCAACUCAGACACAUCGCCGACAAACAUCCAGGUGCGGUGCGCGUGUGAUGGGAUGGAUGGACGGGUCACAUGUGAUGUGCAGUGCACUCAUUGGUAUGAUUGGUGCAGGUUUCACUGACGCGCUCAUCUGCCGCACCUGCCCGUCUGAAAGGCAAGCACUUCAGAGGAAGAUCACACACACGGACACAUACACACACACACAUGGAUGGAUGAGUAUAUCUCUCUCUCUGUCACUCUGUGUGUAUUUGUGUGUAUGUGUGUAUGGAUGUAGUCUAUCCCUGGUGGAUUUCAUCGACACGCCGGGACUCACAGAUGGCGAUGUGGACGUGAGAGCGCAUUAAUUGCAGCACACACACACACACACACACAGAGAGAGAGAGAGAGAGAGAGUGAUACGUACACAUAUGAAAGCAUUGCAUUUGUAUGUGGCUCUCUCUUGUGUUAACGUUAGUAUGGUUAUGACAUCGACGGCGUGCUGGACGAGCUGGCACACCAAGUUGACCUCAUCCUCGGUACACACACAGACCCACACACCCACACACACAGAGCAAGAGGGGGGAGGGAGAAAGGCAUCCAGGAUGCACAGACAUAUACACACAUUUGUGUGCGUACUGUACAGUGAUGCUGGAUCCCGUCACACAAGCCCUCAACAAGUAAGUACACACACAACCAUAGCCUGCCUGACGCACGCACAUGAGCGUGACUGUGUGGGGCGGCGAUUUGUGUGUUUUGUGCAUUCAUCCGUGGAUGGGAUGCACUCAGGCGGACACUCAGUGUGGUGCAGAGGAUCCACAAGAGCGUACCCAACAAGGACAAGUCAACACACACACACACACACAGCAGCCAACACACAUGCGUUCAUCGAUAUGUAGGCUGCGGUUUCUGCUGAGCAAAGUGGACGAAAUGCCGACAGAAGAGGAGAGAAUCAAGGUGAGUGAGUCAGUGCAUCAUGAGCUUUCCUUGUGCACCCACAUUUCCCAUUCCCUCGUGUGCGCGUCUCUCUGUGUGUGUGGUCAUAUUGAUUGAUAGGUGUUAUGUCAGACGACCCAGAUGCUAACGAGCAAAAUAGACACCGGGUGGGUGGGUUGACUUGUGUGCGGACGAAGCAUUCUCCUCUCAUUCAUUCUGUGUAUGUAUGUUAUGUGCAUAUGAUUGUGCGUAUGUCUGCAGCUAUGCCUUCGAUCUGAUGCCCAUCUAUAUCCCUGGUGCCAAAGGUACGGACACACACACACACAGAAAGCAUGCACACGUGUGUUGGCAGACAAACGCCCUCUCUCUCUCUCUCUCGGUCUGUCUCUGUCUCUGUGAGCACCAGAUUCCACAUACUUGCUGUCGUCGCACAUGUCGCCCAAUUCAUCGCCGCUCACCGUCACCACCAAAUCGUACGGACCCUACUCAAGAAACAUCCAGGCCCAUAUACAGACACACUUUAUUUACUUUGCAGGUCGUUCAACGACGACCAGCCCACUACGCAAUACGCCGCGACUGCCAGCGGCGCAUACACAUCACAGAUAGCCAACCGAAUCCAGGCACAUUGGCACACUCUCUGACACACACAGACACGCACAUCCAUCCCUCCCUCCCUCUCUACGCGUCUCCCUCAACGUGUAUUGUAUGCAUCAAUCCUGAUAUCAGGAUUUGCACUCAGAGAUAAUGCACACGAUCGACCGGCGCGUGCAGACCGCUUUGCACAGUUGCAAACAGGACACAGAGACCAUGAUACACAAGACAAAAGAGUACCCACUCAACUUAUGGAUAUUCGUACACACGCCCAAGUGGCUUUACAUGCUCUCUCGUGUGCAUGUGUCUGUCGUGUGUGUGUGUAGGCAGCAAUCGGCCGACAAGGCCCGGCGGGCCUACAACAAACGCGCAAAUGUGACAGGUAUGUGUGUGGGAGUGUGUGUGUUGGCAGACCCACACACAGACCUUGUCUGCUUCCCUGUGUGUGUGCAGAUCGGUAUUACGUCUUUGCGUACGUCGCGUGUGCGUUGCUGCUGUCGGUGGUGGCAAUCUGCACAUCGGCCAGCCUGCAGGACAUGUGCAUCCGAAUGCUGCCCAGGUGUGUAAACACUUACACACACAGCCCGCCACACGCACCCAUCCACAUGUGCUUGUGUGCAGCUCACGAGUGUAUAUUGAGCAGAUGAACACCAUCGGCACACACAUGCAGACCGGUUCGCUCACACACAGAGGGAGAGGCACCCAUCCAUGGCUGUCUGUUGUCUGUCUGUCUGUCUGUCUGCCUGUCUGCACACACGCAGUUGCUCAUCUUGAGAGCGGUCUGAAGCUGGUGUUUGCGGCAAUCGCUCUGAUCUCUUUUCUGGCACACCUGCUGUCUUCUCGUCAGAAAGUCCUCACUGUAUCGGAGAUCUCUGUGCUUGAGGUACCACCAAGCAGAUGCGUGUGCGCUCAUCGAUUUCUGUGUGUGAAUGUGCAGGAGUACCUGUCGUUUCUGUAUGGCUGCAAAGUCAAGUGCGCACAGCUGACCAAGGCAUACACACACCGGCAGCAGGAACAAGACAGCACCCAACACAACGGUACACACACAUAGACACACACAUGGCUGACUGGCUGGGUGCAGUGCAGUGCACGACACGAACGGGUUUGUGUGUGCGUGUGUACAUUGAUUGAUUGAUUGACUGAAGCCAUGUCAGCACAGCAGCAGCCAAUCGUCAAUAAUCCCGCAGCCAGCGCGUCGCAGCAGGUGAGGUGAACCAGCAUGGGACCGCACCCACUGCUGCAUGGUGCAUCCAUCCAUGUUUGUGUGGAUCUUUCAGGUGACCCCCGCACGUGUGAUGGACGCCUGGGCGUAGACAGGCCAGAGAUGACAGACAGACAGACAGACAGAUAGAUCGGCUCUGUGUACGUACAUACAUACAUUCGUACAUACAUGUACAGACAACUUAAGAGAAUGUGCUGUUGAGUUCACAAUGCUGCUUAUCGAUGGCCAACGUUGAAACGCUUUCGUGGGUCAAUCAC